UUAUAAUUGUUUGUGAGGAGAUCCAGCAAAAGAGGUUGUCUUUCUGUUGAUCUUGAAUGGACCGUAGAGUGAUACUGUCCUUGAAAGGCAUGUCUGUGAGGAUGAUCCAGCAAAAAAGGUUGUCUUAAUUUAUUUAUUUGUAGACAACAUAAUGUAUAAGUUGUAGGAAAGGUAUAUGCAGCAUCAACUUCUUAAACUAUGGAUAUUAUAAUUUCAAUAAUGGGAGAUUUGUCUAUUCAUUGAUUAAUAAAUUUUUGUGCUAGGAACCUAAUGUCAAGCACCUUGGGUGAAGGAUUUGGCUUCAUAGAGAGUGAGAAGGGUUCUAAUAGUCGAAAUUUUGAUGAGCAUGAAACAAAAGAAGAUGAGCUUUUGGAGUUUUGUGAUUCACAAAUAGAUGGGAAUAAUGAGAUGACACUGAAAGAAAUGUCUAGAGAAGAGUUAACUCCAAAUGAUGAACCCUUAGAACCAUACACUGGAAUGUCAUUUAAUUCAGUAGAUGAUGCAAGGGAGUUUUAUAGUGCAUAUGCGAAACAUAUAGGUUUCACAGUACGCACAAAUCGUAUUCGACAUUCGCAGAAAAACAGGACAAAUAUAGCUCGGGACUAUGUUUGCUCGCAAGAAGGUUUUCGUGCAGCAAAACAUACACUUAGAAAAGAUAGGAUUCUUCCACCAAGGCCCAUCACAAGAGAAGGAUGUAAAGCAAUGAUACGGGUAGCUGCGAGGGAUGGUAGUAAAUGGGUUGUCACAAAGUUUGUACCUGAGCACAAUCACAAUCUAAUGACUCCAAGUAAAGAACCAGGUCAACGACCCAGUCUGAGUGAGGAUGAGAAGGAUAAAAAAAUCCGAGAUCUAUCUUGUGAGCUGGAGCAUGAGAGACAACGAACUACAGCUAUUCAAGAACAGCUACAUAUGAUUUUGAAAUAUCUAGAGGAACAUGCUGA